CUCAAUUAACCAUCGCCCUUCGGGACCGGUCUCGGCCUGGCCCUCCAGGGCUGCCAGCCGUGGUGGGCCCUGUGCUUUUGGCAUCCCUCAGUUUGUCCGGGAAAUGAUCGGUGAGCUUCCGAAUUAGGGAUUUCGGGUGCAGGUAAAGCAUUCUUCAUGGAACACACCGAGCACCAGCGGGAUCGAUAUGCCGUGGAGAUUCUCGUUGCACUUAGCUUGAGGAUGUGAUGAGUUGAUCUGCACCCGGCGUUGGGCACCAUCUCCGAACAGUGCCGCGCGAUGAUAAUCAACCCAAAAAAUUGGCAGUUGCAAUCGAUGCCUAAGUUAAAAAGCAUGAGGGUAUCUAUGGGUAGCAGGUCUUCGAAGCUAGCAUAGUUUGCUUCUAUCUCUCAGGCAGCAUCGCCAGAGAUGGGUAUGUCCUUUCGCGAAAAUCUCCAAGGGGGUUACCUCUGUGGGCUUGUGCUUGAAACCAUACUCCUCGGUGUAAUCACCGUUCAGGUCUUCCUCUAUUAUCAUAGGUUCCCUAAGGACCACAUCUGUUUGAAAUCUACCGUCGGAUUUUUAUGGCUCGUCCAGAUGUUUCAAGUGACAGCUGCCACAGCUUCGUUGUACAGAGCAUUCAUUCACAAUUUCGAUACUUUGCCCUCAUCUACUAUAUGGUAUGAUACCUUUUACCAGAUUUCUACGGUUAUUUGUUCCACCAUCGUCCAACUUUACUUCGUCCUUCGUCUCUAUCGAUUUGGUGGAUCAAUCUGGCUACCAAUGCUGGUAGCCCUCUUGACGCUGGGGCAAGUUGGGACUGGACUUGAAAUAUCAGCCACGGUCUUGAAAGCUUCAUCCGACCUACCUUGGCUAACGCUGGAGGCGGUGGCAGAUCUCGUGAUUGCCUUCUCUAUGUCAUAUUUCCUCCAGAAGCGCCGCACAGGAUUUCGACAGACGGAUACGGUGUUACGAACAUUAACAGUAUAUGCCAUCAACACUGGCCUGCUGACCAGUAUUCUGGCAUUGGCCGUCAUGUUUGCUGUAUGGCUGUUUCCAGUACUUCCGAUGUACCUCGUAGCCCUGACAGCCUAUAUUUGGGUAGUUUGUCUUCUACGGCUUCCACUUCAUCCACUUGACCUUCAUCGUGCCACUCGCAGGUGUCUAUACAGCGUCCCUUUUGGCAAAUCUGCAUUCGCGCUCAACACUCCGCGGACAACUUCAUUCCGGAGAAAACGGGAUUUCAAUACACUUGUCCCGCCUUCCUCCCAAGAUACGCAACCAGAUAAGUGCCACCGUUUAGCGUGUUGAUCGGACGAAUGCACGGACCACACUCCGUUAGAGUCCAGGUCGGGUAAUUGAGUGACCCGAAUCCUCUUGAGGAUAUGUGGCAAUACGCUGAAUACCCGUCAGUAACAUUAUUGAAAAAAAAUAAAUCAUGGAAAGAUAGAACUCGAACAAGCAUGAGCUAGCUGGGAAGGCAAGGUUUCACGCAACGGAUGAUGAACCUUGGACGUUUGCAGGUGGUCGUAUUUCGAUUAACGUUGCCAUGAGAUGCCAAACAAGCUUUUGAGUCGGUCAUUUAGCUGAAGUGCCAAGUACGAAGUGGGAAAGAUAAGACAGGGGUUUGAAAUAAACGUGGCUUUAUAUAGUGCACAGAAGAGACCAAGGAAUCAGAGCACCAUAAAAGCGAGAGUUCCUUCGUGUCGACGAGAUUCCGAAAGUA